AUGGCCGAAGUGAUACAUGUCAUUGUAGGAGGACUUGAUAAGGGCAAAGGGAGAAACAAGCAUAUAACAGAAGAUAUACUGUCAAUCGAACAAGAGCCGUACAAAGUAAGGCAAGUAUUGGUAGAUACAGAUAGUUUUGUUAACCUUCUCAUUCUAAAUGUUUUCAACAAGUUAGGCUUGGAUAAAAAUAGUCUUGUCAAAGUUUUCUAUCUAUUAGUAGGAUUAGGAGAUAAGACCGUGACAGUACUAGGCACCAUCAACCUUCCCCUAGUGAUGGGUGAUGAAAAAUACAAGCGAGAAUUGUAUGUAGAGUUUGCAGUGGUGGAUAUCUCAUUUGCGUACAAUGUGAUACUUGGCCACCCAAUUCUGAACCGCCACGGUAUUGUUAUUAAUAUGGGUGCUAUGUGUCUUAAGCUACCAGCCCCAGGGGGAAUAGCUGUGGUUCAAGGCAAUCCGAGAUUGGCUAAAGAAUGUUACGAACACCUAAUAAAAAGCCUCGGGAAAGCAACAACGCCCAUUGAAUUGCUAGAGAAGUCAGAAUCUCACAUGAAGCCAGAGCCAGCAGACCCAGUAUAA